AUGUCAUUAUUACAUGCUAAACAUGAAAGAUUCUUCAACAGGUGUUUAACUGCACUACCUUCAAGUGCAGCAUCAGAAGAUUCAAACAAAUUAGCUAUCAUAUUCUUUUGUCUACAGGGAUUGCAACUUUUGAAAAAGCUACAGUUUACAAAAGAGGAGUGCCAAUUCCAUAAAGAGUACUUAUGGAAGCUGUUUUAUAUUGAAAAAGAUUCAUAUUCGACGUUCCGAUCCACACCGUAUUUCAGUCAUGCUGGCGAAGAUUACGAUUACGGUAGCAUAUCUGCAUGCUUUUUUGCAUUGGCGAGUUUAAUUACUCUAAAAUCAGACUUGAAACAAUUGAAUAAGUCAAAAUUGAUGAGAUAUUUGAUAAAAUGCCAAGUUGAUGCAGGGCCCGAUAAGGGAGGGUUUGUACCAUUUUACAAUGAAUAUGGAUUUGGUGAACCAGAUUUGCGACAAUGUUACAUGGCUUUACUAGUACGACAAUUGCUCAUCUGUCAUGAAGAUAUGAAAGAGGACAUUGAUUUGAAGUCGCUAAAGGAGUUCAUCCUAGGUAGGUUGAAUGGCAAUGGUGGAUUCAGUUCUCGGUUAAUGGACGAAGCGCAUCUUGGGUUUACGUUUUGCGCAAUCGCAUCUCUCAAACUUCUCAAUUUCCCCAUCGAGGAUCUCAAAACUACUCAAAACUGGCUUCUUCAUAGACAAAUUGAUUAUCCUGAGCUGCUUUAUUCAGAUAUCAACUACGGAUACUUCCAAAAACUGGAUAUUGGUGCCUUCAACGGAAGAGAAAACAAACUCGGUGAUACUUGCUAUUCUUGGUGGUCCACAGGUAGCUUAUACUUGAUGGAUUCAUCAAAUCUAUCACUAUUGAACAUAUCACAAGCGGAAAAGUUUCUUUUAGAUUGUACACAAAAUACAAUCGUGGGUGGAUUCGCUUCACGACCAGAGGCAACGCCAGAUCCUAUGCACUCUUGUUUGGCACUUGCAAGUUUAUCAUUGUGGAAUCACCGCAAGUACAAUUUAGAUGAAAUUGACCCUGUUUUUGUUGUGUCAAGAAAUGUUCUUGACAAAUAUAGGUUAAAUCCGAAAGAGUAA